UUAUAUAUUUGUCUUUUCAUGUUUGUUUCUAAUAAACGUCAAAACGGCUGAACCGAUCGGGCCCAAUUAUUGUAGGAUCCAAUACCAGAGACAUCUUAUCCACGGAAGGGAGCCAAGAGCCAAGAGAAUAGUUUUAGAAUAAAAUGAUGAAAUACAUUAUUGGUAACAUAAUGCAGGAUAGACAAAAAGAUUCCCCCUCCAUGACUACAAAACUAAUGAAAACCAAAGAAAAAAAGGAGAUAAUUACAAAGGAUUUAAAUCAAACACCUCCUACAUCCGGCCAAUCUUACCACACUACUUCCGGCAGAUCUAACCUCACUACUUCCGGCAGAUCUAACCUCACAACUUCCGGCCGAUCUAACCUCACUACUUCCGGCCGAUCUAACCUCACUACUUCCGGCCGAUCUAACCUCACUACUUCCGGCCGAACUAACCUCAUCAAAUCCGGCCGAACUCUUUCAACUGCUUCUGAUAAAUUAAAAAGCAGAAGUGGUGGUCCAGGUCCCCUGGAACCUGCUGAUCCGUACACAAUCAAUUUAGACAAUAUGGACAAUUACUUCAGUGCCAAGGUUAUAGAUGAAAUGAUCAACAUAAAAUCAAUAAAAGAAACUGUUGAUGGAGUUUUAACAAUCAGCGAAAAGGAGUUGAACGAUAUUUUUGGUCCAGUUUAUCAAGCACCAGAUAAAUUGGUGAUCACCGCUGAUGAAGAAGAGAAACAGAAUCCGUGCUCUGGGUUGAAAGAGUACGGAUAUGAAGAGCUGGAAGAAAUGUUGAAGAUUAAAGAUCAAUUUCUCCAGAUUGAAAUAACAGCUGAUGAUUUGGAGGAAAUAUUCAAACCAACCCCGGAAUAUAUUCUGAUGCGAACCCUUCAAAACACAGUUAUUUGAAUUCAAAACACAGUUAUUUGAAUUCAAAACACAGUUAUUUGAAUUCAAAACACAGUUAUUUGAAUUCAAAAC